ACUGGGUCAGUGACACGACGCACGCGACGUAAGGACUCUUCGCUGUCUCGCGUCCAGACGCUCGUGAAGCCGCAGUGCCGCUCAACGGCUAACGUUACCGGAGACGCUUGGCGGAAAAAUGCUCCCGCUAUCCAUCAAAGAUGAUGAGUACAAACCUGCCAAAUUCAACCUGUUCGUCAAGAUAUCGGGCUGGUUCAGAUCAAUUCUUGCUGAUAAAACCUCUCGCAAUCUGUUUUUCUUCCUGUGUUUGAACCUGUCCUUCGCGUUCGUGGAGCUGCUGUAUGGCAUAUGGAGUAACAGUUUAGGGUUGAUAUCCGAUUCCUUUCACAUGUUCUUUGACUGCACCGCUCUCCUGGCAGGCCUUGCAGCAUCGGUCAUUUCGCGGUGGAGGUCCAAUGACUCCUUCUCAUACGGGUAUGUCAGAGCAGAAGUGCUCGCAGGAUUCGUGAAUGGCCUUUUCCUCAUCUUUACCGCCUUCUUUAUCUUCUCAGAAGGAGUAGAGAGGGCGCUGGAACCCCCUGAUGUGCACCAUGAGCGUUUGCUCCCGGUGUCUAUAGCAGGGCUGCUGGUGAAUCUUGUAGGAAUAUUCAUUUUUCAACACGGAGGACAUGGACAUUCACAUGGUGGUGAAGGUCAUGGCCACAGUCAUUCUCUAUUUAAUGGCAGUGUGGGACAUGGACACAGUCAUGGAGGCCACAGUCACGAGUCCAAACACGGACACGACGAUCACGGGCAUUUACACGGAGGACACGGACAUUCACAUGGAGGACACGGGCAUUCACAUGAUGAUCCUCACUGCCAUGAUGACCAUUCGCACACACCGGGAAAAGGCUCCAGCAAGCAGAUAUUACAAGGAGUUUUUCUCCACAUUGUUGCGGACACGUUGGGCAGUGUCGGUGUCAUUAUAUCAGCCAUCAUAAUGCAAAAAUACGACCUGAUGAUCGCCGACCCCAUCUGCUCCAUGCUCAUCGCGCUUCUCAUAGGAGUGAGUGUGGUUCCUCUGCUCAGGGAAUCCAUUGGGAUCUUGAUGCAACGGACGCCUCCUUCUCUGGACCAUACCCUUCCUGAAUGCUACCAGAGGGUGAGUCAUUUCCAUCUUCUGGAUCCUAUUUAUGAAAGUUGGCUACUUGGUCAGACAGAGUUAACCUUGCAUAUCAACUGGAAUUGAAGCCAAGGCACUGUUUACACC